UUCGCCGUCCUUUUGCAGCCACCGUAGCUGGGUGUGUAAGAGGAAGUCCUGGUCUUGACGGGCUGAGUAGUAGCGGGACUUUCUGUGAAUGAGACCCGGAGUUUCUGUGAAUGGGGGCCCGCUUCGCGUUGCUAUGGGAUCCCCGGGCUACGUUCCACUGAUCCUCGCGCUGAGCGCCUCCUGCUUCCAAGCGGACGCCCAGAUCCCCCUGGUCAUCAAUACUUGGCCCUUUAAAGACGCAACGCAGCGAGCAUGGGACACUCUUCAUUCUGGAGGUUCAGCUUUGGAUGCAGUAGAGAAAGGUUGCAGUCAGUGUGAGUUUGAGCAGUGUGAUGGCACUGUGGGAUAUGGAGGAAGCCCGGAUGAACAUGGGGAGACAACACUGGAUGCUAUGAUUAUGAAUGGUAACACAAUUGAGGUUGGAGCAGUUGGAAAUCUGCGAAGAAUUAAAAGUGCAAUCAGUGUUGCAAGAGCAGUGAUGGAACAUACUAGUCAUUCAUUGUUGGUGGGAGAGUCAGCAUCAAUCUUUGCUCAAAAUAUGGGAUUCCUCAGUGAAGACUUAACAUCAAAUAAAUCUCUGUCCAUCCAUGCAGAAUGGCUGAGCAAAAAAUGCCAGCCCAAUUUCUGGAAGAAUGUCUUUCCAAAUGCUAAAACUUCUUGUGGACCGUAUAAGCGAAAGAAGGGGCAGUGGUCAAAAAGACAUAGAAUGCCAGCACACGUGGUCAAUGUUCACAACCAUGACACCAUUGGUAUGAUUGUAAUUGAUAAGAGUAGAAGUAUAGUGGCUGGAACAUCUACCAAUGGUGCAACGCAUAAAAUCCCAGGCCGUGUGGGAGAUUCACCAUUAGUUGGGGCAGGUGCUUAUGCCGAUAGCACAGCCGGAGCUGCAGCUGCGACUGGAAUGGGCGAUAUUAUGAUGCGGUUUCUUCCAAGUUACCAGGCCGUGGAAUAUAUGAGAUGGGGAAUGGAACCAACUACAGCUUGCCAGAAAGUUGUUGCAAGAAUUCAAACGUAUUAUCCGAAGUUUUUUGGUGCAAUCAUCUGUGCGAACAGAACUGGGGGUUACGGUGCUGCAUGCAGUAAAUGUCCAGGGUUCGACCAAUUCCACUUUAUGGUUUACAAUCCAUCAGAGACCUCAGAACAGAUAGUGGAUUGCAUUUAAAGCUACUGUGAUGCAUCACUUUCAAAGACUUUUAGGGCUUGUUACCAUUUGCACUCAAUUUUGAACCCAAAUGACACCUCUCAAUCAGCUGCAAUCUGUUAAAGUAUAGAAAGAAACCUUGUUUGUCAUGUACAUUGGUAACUAAACCAUAUUGAUUGUCAAUUUAGUGUAUGCAGAUUGUUUGUAUUUGAAUUUUGAGGUGUACUCUAAAAGUGAACACACUUCUUUCAUGUGCAUGCACGUGAACACUUGACCUUUCAGCCCCCACUGAGCUUGUGCCAUUAUCACAUCCAUGAUUUAUCUAUACCAUGAGUCCAUUUAUCUACCCUUUGACCAUUUUAAGAGAAAUUUGGAACCUUAAUGAAAAUAAGUAAUUAGAGAACCCUAAAAUUGUACGAGCAGCAAUCAUUCAUGUCGGUAUGUUUGCAAAUGCAUGAGAUCUGUAAGAACAUGACUCGGUCUUCCAUCCCCUCGAGCCUGUUGUGUAAUUCAAUGAAAUGAUGAUAGAUCAGAAUCUCAUUUCCAUUCAUCUGGGACUAGAUUAAUUCUGAAAACUGGGCAGCAGGCAGCCAAAAGGCCUGUUUCCAUGCUGCAAUUGUCUCUGCUUUUGAUCCAUAUCUUUUGACUUUUCCAUCAGAUAAUUGAUUGCGCUCUCUUGUUCAGAAAAUUUCAAUUGAACUAGCAUCUACAGCCUCUUUUGAGGGUAAAGGAGCAGUAUCUGUAAAAAUGUACUGUGCUGGAAUGAGAAGCCAUGAUUUCAGACCUACCUUUGCAUGGUGGUCUUAGUACAACUCCAAAUUGUCAGACUGACCUACUGCUCCCUGAGUGUACUAAACUCAGACACAAGACCAUCCCUAUUUAAAGAGCCUUUCAUCACUUUGAGCCCUACUGGGUGCACCAUCAUUUCAGCCUCAGGAAAAGCAACAACUCCCAAGUGUUCUGGAGGAAAUUGUUAAACAUUUAAAAAGAAAGGUACUGCCACUAUAAUUACCCUAACAUUAAAACUUAGCUGCCUAAUGAUCUGGUUUCUGUGAUGUGUACAAAUUAGUGGAGGGAGAACAUAAUGAAGAGUUGUACUCAAAAUAUGACUUUUUUUUUGCAUGUUGCAUUUUAUAGAUACUUACAGAUGAAUUGUUGCAGUUGAAAGGCACUCCUGACAAGUUUUUCUUGUAUUUUUAAUUGACCUUUCAGACUUGCUAUGACAUACCUCUGGGGCAAGUGCACUUGAACCUGUUGAACUGUUUUGUUUGCAAAUAGCAAUCAUUGGGAUGGUUAUGCAGAGCUGUGCUGAACUAGCUGUACAGCAGCUGCCUCUGUUAGACAACACUUUUGAAACUGCCACAAAUGUCAAUUUUCUGCUUAACUCAUGGACUACCAACCGUUGUUGAUCGUCAAGCUUCAGUCAAGCAGUUCUCCAUUUACCACUUAAAUACGUUGAUGCGUUUUUUGACGUUAACAUAAGCUUAACCCUUGCAAAUCAUAAUGAGUAAGAUGAUCAGAUCAUAUGUCCCCUCAAGUCACGGUUAUUCAAUAUGAUUAUAGCUGAUAUUUUAUAUCAGUUCUAAACCUGAAAUGAUUGCAAUUGUCAGAAAAAGAUGAAAUAUAUUUUUUUUGUACACAGUGACUGCUAUUAAAGAAUUUAAUAAGAUUUUCA